UGCUGGACGGCAUGAACUGUAAUUCUUCCAUACCGCUGUCAUUCCCUCCUUCCUUCGCUCCUCCUUGGCUCCCUUGCCCUCAGCUUAUUAUCCACACGGUACGGAUACUGGCCCGUACUGAACGAGUGCCCACGUAGUUACCCCACAUCUUAUCACCUGACUAGGUGGUGGCACUCACUCACUCUUGCUCAAACAGAAGCAGACAUAUUCAGACACUUUAUGAGAUAUCUCCUGUGCUCUCAUGUGUCAAGAGGUGUAUGCUGUGCUUUAAAGAUGCAACAACAAAUUCUCAGCAGAGCAGUUGGAGGUGUGAAGUGGUGUGAAGUGAUGCUCUUUUCCUCCCAAGAAGCCCACCUCCUUCUCCAACCAGAACAGAAUUAGACUUCAAUGAGUAGCACCUUCCUUACUUCAAUUCUUUGGGAAUCCAACGGCAACCUAGAAUACUGUUCACCUCCCCUUCUCUCUUUCUCUUUCUCCUUUCUUCCCGCUUUCAUUGCGUCUAUCUCUGUGAACGCUAGUACACAGGCCGUCAGGUCGGUUUUUAUUUCACUACUCAAAAGGUACCGGUUUGAUAUUUCUGCAUUUCUACAUUUUAUCUCCUAUGUCGUCGGAUAGGCCCAAACAUAGACCUCUCCAUAUGUGAACUCGUCGGCUUUAUCUCGACACCUUCCAUCGAAACUUCCACAAAGGCCCUCCUACUACCAGAUGCAGACUUGCAGAGGGCCAAAAUGGACGAAACAACUUCAGCAGAGCAGCGAUCUGCUACCCAGAAGCUCCUCAAUGAGUCUCGCCGGAAUCAGCCUGGCUCAAAGGCAGGACAUGAAGCCCAUCGCCCAUACAACCUCGCCAUGGAAAAUAAUGACCCCCUCCUCAUUCCCUCGGGGCUGAAUAGCAUGCUGAAGAAUACUACCGAGACUGGUGACAUUGGGAUUUUCUCCAUCAAACCAUCUAGACUUCCUCGCCAUCCUGCUAUUACCAGGACGGCGGGCAGAACAAGGAGCAACGGCAGCAACUACCGCCGUGCGGAACCUCAACUCCCAUACCAUGGACCCCGGGUGUUCAGUUUGCCUUCCACUAUUGAUGACAGAAGUCGACUACCUUCAUACGGCAGAGAUGCCACGUCAGAGGUUGCGUCGUUAUACGAAAACUCGAGUCAGAAAUCCUCUGAAAGCUCGAAGAUCUUGGAAGAUCAAGACAGACGUUCAUACUCGAUGACCGUUUCUUCAUUCUCGGGAUAUAGGCUUGCAAACCCUCAUUCUUCCACUAGCCUCAGCGGCCAGAUCGACCAAAAUGAUGCACAGCGGCCACGAUCUUCAUUCCAGUACCCAGCUAGGCUAAAAAGGCCUGGCUUUCGGCCCAGUUCACCCGCACUGACUGAUGGGGGGGCAGUCGAUUACAGACGCCGAGUUGAGAUUCAAAGAGAACCCGGCAGUCCGAACUGCCAAAAUGUAUCACUGCGCCCCUUAUCACUUCGCUCGAAUGUAAACAGAUCCACACCUAUGGCCUCUGGGCAGGGUCUUUCGCCACACGGUUUCAACCGCAUGCCAGUGAUCCAACGAGAUGAUGCACCCGGCGAAUGCUCGAAUCAUAUCGAUACACCAGAAUCGCCAUCAACGGCUAACGUGGGUGUGGCUUCCAGUAGCUAUUCUCAUUUACCCAGUCGCACAGCAGCUUCUGUCCCAAUCCAAAAUAAAGCGCGUCGCCCUUCCCCUUUAUAUUACGAUUAUACGGAAGACUUCAAUGAAGCCAGGGAAGGGGAUCAUGCCCCAGAAGAAUUGGAGGGCAUUUCGCCACCAUCUUUUCUUGUUGAAAAAACGAUCCACGAAGAUCGGGAGCUAAGCUCGGACUGGUCAUAUCUGGCUAUGACUGAUUUAAAGGGGCGUGGUUUCCUCGCAAAUGAACAACUCUUAUCGCCACAUGAAGGUACAAAGAGUCUAAGGAGCCAGCCUGCUGAUAUUUCAUAUGUUGGCGGUGGCAAGCUACUACUACAAGAUGACUCGGAGUCAGUGCCAGAAAAUGCAAAACACCACAGGUCGUUGCCGGAAUCAACCAAAUCACCUGCCUUUAAACACAACGUGGGAAUCACAAGGCCCAAUCAAACCCCAUCACAAAGCAUCGAAACGAGCACCAGCACGGAAAUUUCCAAGUCGAGAAACCUUGUUCGAGAUGGGCCUCUCAGUUAUACCGAGCCAGAAAGCCAACCCAAAGAAGUGGUUGAUGAACCUACCUUUAGUGAUAGUUCAUCUUAUGCCGUAUCUCCACGUUUGCAGCAAUUGUUUAGCCCUCCUGGCGGCCGCAUUCGCACUUAUACCGACUCCAGCUUGCCGACAAGCAGCCAAGGCGCUGCGAUUCACGAUAUUAAAAGGAAGCCUCUCAGCCGUGAGGUAUCAGGGGCAGAUAAGACAGACAGCGACGAGAGAUCUGGAAAUAAGUUAGAUCCGGUAACGCCAACACAAGCUCCACAAGGUCUCGAGACAAGAGCAACUACCCCUAUUCUUCAACGCUCGGUAUCAGCACAGAACAAACGCGACAAGUCAAGUCCGUAUUUCCGAGCAAGGCCCAACUCGACAUCUUCAACACAGCCGGAUAUAAUACCAGAGGUUUCAAUGUCUUCAACCCAGUCACGAUAUUUCUCAUUUGAUGCACCGAGUCAAAAUUAUGUCGAGUCGUCGGAUGACAAGAGCAGCUCAAUGCCUCUUCAGCGUUAUAAACACUCCUUCAAGCAUAGCCGGACGGAAUUCCCAGCCAGAAAGUACAGGAGCGAUGGCAGCCUGGUGGUUCCAAGUGAAUUCACGUUCACUCAAGCUUCUGGAAAAAGCAACCAGCAUGGGAAUUCGGGGGGGUAUUUGGACCAGGCUGGACCUUGUAACAAAGCCCCGCCUUCUGGAGGCCACGACGAUUUUGGCACAGUCGGUGUUGUGUCUCCGAUUCCAAUUCACCCAGGCCAGCAAUAUUUGGACCCUCUGACAAUGAAUGAUUCUGAGACGCAGGUAGGGCCAACAACACAACAUUUCUUCUCGAAGUUUAGACUAAAGACGCGAGCUUCUACUGUUCGAGCGAAAGCCUCUCCUCCAGUUACUCGGCGACGGGAUUUGGAUGGGAUCUAUCCAUUGGAUGAGCGCCGGCGGGAUGUCCAACUCACUGGAAGUCUUCGCAAACCUGUCAAUUCAGCACCAAAGCUCAAACUGAAGGUUGCAAGAGCAUCAGUAUCGUCUUUAGGGACGGUGAGGAUCAACAGAGAGGCUGCAGUUCAGGCAGAUUUGGGAGGCCCGGAAGUAUUAAGCCCCGAGGAUUUGUUUACACCGCCCGCAAGGUUCGCAAGUUUAUUUCGUCAGGUCAGUCGCCAUUUUCGACCAAAGGACGAGUAUGAGGAGAUCAAAGCGCCAGAGGCAACUAGCGUUGGAGAACUAGGUGAAACCGGGCUCGCGGUUAUUUCGAGUAAUCCAGAGCAGACAUCCGGUGCAGAGGCUAUAAUGAACGGCCCCUAUCCCCAAAUUCUUCCGAGGUCUAGUGCGUUCGUUGGUAUUCCUUCGUCACCGUACCCUCUCGUAUCUCGAGAGCCAUCUCAAGAUAGACGGAGUCCAGCAACCUCCCAAAGAGCCCGACAACCCCCACAUGAUGCAGCAGUCAUUCCAGCUGAUGUACAGCCGGGAGGAAUCCAAAGCUGCUUCAGUGAUUAUGGUUCUCAGUUGGAGGGGUCCAGUCAUCUGCAGGAUAAUAUACCAAGUCUACGGGCAGAACAGUACAACCAACAUCCCGGAACAAGAAGCAGACAAGCCUCCGUCAGCGCCCCGUGGAGGACAGGAGACGCAUGGGAUCAGUUCCAAGUCCCUGAUUUUUCUGAGAUGGAUGACGAGUCUGAACUUGACCCUACUGGACCAUCUCAUAAAUUGAAGACUACAGUUGGUGGCUGGUUAGAAGACAUCAAGGCAAAGAUGUUUAGUUGUGGGAGGGCUCGUCGUUGAGUAGGCUUAUCCGCACAAACGGGCCACUACAGGAGCUAGUAUUCUGGCCCGGUGUUGACUUAUCAAUCGACUCUAUAAGCACACAUUUGCCUGUAUUAUUCUUUUGUGGAUUUGUAUAUCUAGAGUGCUCUUCAGACCGGUUGGUGGAAAAGGGGCAUCUUGAUAAUGACCAAUUCCGACCGCAAUGCUUUCGUUUAGCCAAAGCCUCAAAUGUUAUUACAUUAAUAUUUCUCGCAUCGAUCAAUUUCCUGAAACGUAAAUUAUUACGAUCAAGUUUAUAUGUGAAUCUGUUAUAUGUGGACAGUAUAGCUAUCAGCUGGUAUUGCAGGCGCUAAUACAAGG